GAACUGGAUGGGCAGGUAUGGGAGGGAGGGGUGAAGACAGGUAAAGGUGAUCCACUGUCGUCGCACCUACAACUCAGGGAAGCAUACCGAUGUGUUGUUGACUCCUUUGUCUCUCCAUUUUGCGCCGUCUGUGUAUCAAGAAAAAUGGUGAAGCAGGAGUCGGAGACGGCCAACCGGCCUGACAACACCGCCUUCACCCAGCAGAGGCUUCCGGCUUGGCAGCCCAUGUUGUCUGCAGGUAUUGUCAUCCCCGGGUUUGUCCUCAUUGGUUUGGCUUUCAUCGGCAUUGGGAUCGCCCUGUUUGUCACUUCACGGAGCAUCCAGGUGUUGGAGAUGGACUACACUGGGGUUGAGCAAGACUCUCCGUGCUUCAAGUGCUCCGAUCCAGAUCAGAAGAAAUGCAUGUGCAAGCUGGAUUUUUCCAUUGACAGUCUAUUUAAGGGGCCGGUGUUCUUUUAUUAUGGUUUGUCCAACUACUUCCAGAACCAGAGAAAAUAUGGGGUAUCUAAAGAUGCAGAUCAGCUGUUUGGAAAUCUGCAAAACUUUGAGACUCCAGAUACAUCGUGUUCUCCUUACGAGUACAGCAACAGUAAACCAAUUGUACCAUGUGGAUCAAUAGCAAACAGCAUGUUUAAUGACACGUUCAGGCUUUAUCAGAUCGUUAAUGGGACUAAGAAGUUGGUGCCCUUUGAUGGAAAAGGGAUCGCUUGGUGGACAGACUACAAUGUCAAAUACAAAAACCCCAGUGUCACGCCUCUGAGGAACGCAUUCAACGGUACUGUCAAACCUGUAUAUUGGUCACAGCCUGCUUAUGAGUUGGACCCCUCUGACCCGGCAAACAAUGGUUUCAUCAAUCAAGACUUCUUGGUGUGGAUGAGAAGGGCGGCACUGCCAGAUUUUCGAAAGCUGUAUCGACGAAUCACAGAGGGGGAUUACGCAAAUGGUCUGCCUGCUGGAAACUACUCCCUUGAAAUAGCCUACAAUUAUCCUGUUUUGAGCUUUGAUGGGAGAAAGAAGGUUGUGUUCAGCAACGUGUCCUGGAUGGGUGGGAAGAAUGAGUUCCUGGGCAUUGCCUACCUGGUUAUUGGUUCUAUGUGUGUCGUCAUGUCGGUAGUCAUGCUUAUUGUCUAUGCUAAAUUCAAGUUCCCAGAGGAGGAGUAACCGCCGUGUCCUGAAUCAUGGUGGACUGGAGGGUUCUUUUAAUUUAAUUGUGACGGUGACUGCGCAGCUGAGUGUUUGCACAGAGAGGAAUAUAAAGCUAAUAUUUAACUGAACUGCUUUCACAUACACUGUUCUGAACAGGAAGAUGUCUCCUGCAGGUGGAGCCAUUUGUGUGUGUUGGGUUUUUUUCAGGGCAGAGUGUGAUAAUAGUUUUUCUGACUGACCACAAAAUAAGAAGUGAGAAUGUCUAUGAAACUGUAACUGUUAAAGUGCAAAAAAAAAAAAAAAAAAAAAAAUUCAAAAGUCAGGUCUUUGUUUAUUGCAAAGCCGCAAAGUGUCUCUUGCUGGUAUCUCAGAAUGUACCCAUAAAGUAAGAGUACUGUAUUUUCUUACAAGCCACAAAUUGAUAUUGAUAAUGUAUGUUAACUUCUGCUAUAAAUAGUUUUGUACUUUCUUUCUGUACCAUGAUAUUACUGUAAGGGAUGAAAUCAAGGGUAAAAUAAUUUUAAAAAAUUACUUGCACUGUUGCAACUUAAUUAACCUGUUCAUUCAGUUUAUGCCAAGUUUGUCUGUUUUCCAAAAUAUAGAUAUGACAGGGUAUUCUUUUAUCUCAGGUUCAUUUAUUCAAUAUCAAAAGGUUUUUCUUUGCACAAUCAGGUUCUGUUUCAUCAUAGAUCAGUACUAAAUCUUAAAGCCAUAAAUCAUUUAAAAAGCCAUUUGCUGCUGGACAGGAUGUUACAUUUAAUGUAUGAGAUAUGCAACAAAACUUGCAGUGGUGUGAAUAUACUCAGGGAUCUGUAGGUCAUGUUAUCUUUCAGUGGUUUUUACUCUAUUUUACCUAUUCUUGUUUUCUGUGUUUUUCUUCAUAUUUAUUUUUAUUCAAUAAAACAAUGUUAAAACAGG